CACCUGGAUUGUGUAUAUGAGUUGAGUAUGUGCUGUCAAUGUGUGGGCUGUCAUUAUGUGUGAAUCCUGCAGUCUGGUUAGGUGUGGGUUGUGAACCACAAACAACCCAGGAAGACAACCCCAGAUUUGUAGUUGGGCUAUGAACUCUGGGUCGCCAUUAUGUGUGAGCCGGAGCUGGAGGUGGAGCAGGGCUAUAUCAUGUACAUAAUGCCCAAGGUAGGCUACACUCCUGGCUUCUGUGUCGCCACCUACAGAAUGUGGAGUGUCUGAAUGGAGCUCCUGUGGAUGGCUUACUUCCACUGGCAUGAAAACCAGCCUCCGUGUGUCACACAGAUUGGGACAGCCAGACGUCUGUCUCUUGCAAAAGACAAAAGCCAACUUGGUUGGGUUGGGUAAUUGUCUGUCGGCUCGCAACAACAGGAACAUCAUUUGUGACGAAAUUUGUACAUCUUGGCUGCUUAAAGUAGUUCUUGGAGAAUUUGUACCAACAUGCUGGUACAGUUGUGUGCGUGUUGGAAAAUACGUGUGUCUAAUAUGUGUUGCUUAGUUACACUGAGGAAUACUUUCCCCUUCAAGCAAUCAUAAAUUCUGACUAUGAACAAAUAACGUUCAUUGUUAUAUUCUGUUGCUCCCAGAAAUGUUUAAACUUGCAGUUUGUUCCUUGCUUUUCAGUUGUCAUCAAGGUGCACAUUUCCUAAAUCCUCUAGCUGCUGAAAAGAAGAAUGCCUCGCUCAGUUGCUUCCGCUCCUGUGUCAGCAGUCCUGCCUUUCCUGUUGGCUCUUACUCUCAUUAGUCAUACUUUCAUGUGUUUUGCAUGCCAUGUCACAAGCAGUAGCAUUCUGAUUUGUGCUGGGCAGUUGUGUUGGCUUUCUGUAUGAGGCAACAUGAUCCUGAGGUCUGUACUUGGGUCAAGCAGUUUUGGCAAAGAGAAUGACCAACAGCUGUGUUCCUUCUGUGAGGAAGCCUCUGACACUACUUUAUCCAAAUGGGGAGAGGCUCUGCACCGCCCCUAUGGUUGCGACACUGAACCCCAGGCACUGAAUGAAGCCAUCAGGUGGAGCUCCAAGGAGAACCUGCUUGGAGCCACUGAGAGCGACCCCAAUCUUUUCGUUGCACUUUAUGAUUUUGUUGCAAGUGGUGACAACACACUCAGCAUCACCAAAGGUGAGAAGCUGCGUGUACUGGGUUACAACCAGAACGGUGAAUGGAGCGAAGUGCGCUCUAAGAAUGGGCAGGGAUGGGUGCCAAGUAACUACAUCACCCCAGUGAACAGCCUAGAGAAGCAUUCCUGGUAUCAUGGACCAGUGUCACGCAGUGCAGCUGAGUAUCUGCUGAGCAGCCUAAUUAAUGGCAGCUUCCUAGUUCGGGAAAGUGAGAGCAGUCCAGGACAGCUAUCCAUCUCGCUCAGGUACGAGGGACGUGUUUACCACUACAGGAUCAAUACCACCACAGAUGGCAAGGUGUAUGUGACAGCCGAAAGCCGCUUCAAUACAUUGGCGGAACUCGUUCACCAUCACUCAACGGUGGCUGAUGGACUGGUGACAACCCUGCACUAUCCUGCACCAAAGUGCAAUAAGCCCACAGUCUAUGGAGUGUCCCCCAUCCAUGACAAGUGGGAGAUGGAGCGAACGGAUAUCACCAUGAAGCACAAGCUUGGAGGAGGACAGUAUGGUGAAGUGUAUGUCGGGGUGUGGAAGAAAUACAACCUCACGGUUGCCGUGAAGACACUCAAGGAAGAUACUAUGGAGGUGGAGGAGUUCUUGAAAGAGGCGUCUGUUAUGAAGGAAAUCAAGCAUCCAAACUUGGUGCAGUUACUAGGUGUGUGCACUCUGGAGCCCCCGUUUUACAUAGUGACCGAAUACAUGCCCUAUGGGAACCUGCUAGACUAUCUGCGGGAGUGCAAUCGGGAAGAAGUAACUGCUGUUGUCCUGCUGUACAUGGCCACCCAGAUAUCUUCUGCUAUGGAGUACCUGGAAAAGAAAAACUUCAUCCACAGAGAUCUAGCAGCCCGCAAUUGUUUGGUUGGAGAAAAUCAUGUGGUAAAAGUGGCUGAUUUUGGAUUAAGCAGACUGAUGACUGGAGAUACAUACACGGCUCAUGCUGGAGCAAAGUUUCCUAUCAAAUGGACAGCCCCUGAAAGUCUGGCCUACAACACAUUCUCAAUCAAAUCAGAUGUUUGGGCCUUCGGAGUGUUGCUGUGGGAGAUUGCCACUUAUGGGAUGUCGCCCUAUCCUGGCAUUGACCUCUCUCAGGUUUAUGAUCUCUUAGAAAAGGGUUACCGGAUGGAACAGCCUGAGGGUUGCCCCCCAAAGGUCUAUGAACUCAUGAGAGCAUGCUGGAAAUGGAAUCCGCUGGACAGGCCUUCCUUUUCUGAAACUCACCAAGCCUUUGAAACCAUGUUCCAUGAUUCCAGCAUCUCUGAAGUGCCUCUUAGUACCCAGAGCUGCUUUCCUCUUCCCUUGCUGCUCAGUGUUCCAGUUACUCCCCUGACAUUUCUUACAGAAGUGGCCGAAGAACUUGGACGGACAGCAUCCUCGUCAUCGAUCGUCCCUUAUCUGCCGCGGUUGCCCAUGCUGCCUUCCAAGACCAGGACCUUGAAGAAGCAGGCAGAAAACAAAGAGAAUAUUGAAGGAGUCCAGGAGUCCAUGGAACAUCCUGCUUCCAGCUCUGCGCCAGGUUUGAUCAGAAGCACACAGCAGACCAGCAGUUCCCCAGCACUACCUCGCAAGCAGAGAGACAAGUCUCCCAGUGGCUUGUUGGAAGACCCCAGAGAGACAACCUUUACCAGAGACAGGAAAGGUGGCUUCUUUAGCUCUUUCAUGAAGAAGAAGAACGCUCCCACACCUCCGAAACGCAGUAGCUCCUUCCGCGAGAUGGAAAAUCAGCCUCAUAAGAAGUAUGAGCUGACAGGUAACUUUUCCGCAGUGGGUCCUUUGCAGCAUAUCGAUGGAAUUCCUUUCACGCCCGCCCAGCAGGACGGGACCCUUGGCUCAUCCAAGUGCUACAUGGGAGGCUUUGCACAGCAGAACUUCUGUGGUGAGGGGGGUGGCAGCGGGGGCACAAGCAGUGGUGGGGGCACGGGCACUGGCGGCGGGUGGUCUGGUAUCACAGGAUUCUUUACUCCACGCCUGAUUAAAAAGACUCUGGGUUUGCGAGCCGGGAGGCCCAUUGGCGGUGAAGAUGCUGCAAAACCCUUUCCCCGCUCCAAUUCAACAUCUUCCAUGUCUUCGAGCCUUCCUGAGCAGGAGAGAAUGGCCAUGACCCUUCCCCGGAAUUGCCACAGGUCAAAGGUCCAGCUGGAAAGGACAGUGUCCACUUCCUCCCAGCCAGAGGAGGACACAAGCAGGUCCAGUGAUUUGCUCUGCAAACGGUGUGAAGAAGCCCCUACUCUAACCAGGGACCGACCGAAAGCCAAACUUCUGCCGAGAGGCACUGCGGCUGUUUCCCUCAAGACCCCCUCCGUGGAUGCGGCUGCUUCAGAGAAGGACGUUCUUCAGGGGCCAACCGCCAUGGCAAGCCUGAAGAGCAAGGAGAAGAACAACAGUGUCCGUCAAGGGUCAGUCGAAGGCGACGAGAAGCCAGCCUGGCCUUCUCCGACCAAGGCUGCCGCAAUACUUCCGGCCACUCACAACCACAAAGUGCCCGUCCUCAUCUCGCCCACUCUCAAGCACGCUCCAGCAGAGGUGCAGCUCAUUGGCACGGACUCUCAGGGGAACCGGUUCAAGCUCCUGUCUGAGCAUCAGGUUGCUGCUUCCGGGGACAGGGACAGGCCCAGGCGCAUCAAGCCCAAGUGUGCUCCGCCUCCGCCGCCGGUCAUGAGGUUGCUGCACCAGCCUCCCGCCUGCUCAGAUCCCACCGAGGAAUUGAAUAACGGCGCUCUGGCGCAGCUCGGGCCAGACGCGGGCGAGGGCGGCAGGAAGGCAGUGGUGCCGCCUGCGGGGGGCAAAGUGAGCCGGCCCGCCGUGCCUCCCCCUCAAGUGCCUCUGCCCUCGUCUUCCACCUCGCCCGCCAAAAUGGCCAACGGCACAGCGGGAGCCAGAGUGGCGCUGAGAAAGACCAAACAGACGGCCGAGAGGAUCUCCGCAGACAAGAUCAGCAAGGAGGCGCUGCUGGAGUGCGCAGGCCUCCUCUCAAGUGCCCUUGCGGAGCCCACCACAAACAGCCAGCUGGUGGACACGGGGCACCAGCUCUUGGAUUACUGCUCAGGCUAUGUGGACUGCAUCCCCCAAACCCGCAACAAGUUCGCCUUCCGGGAAGCAGUGAGCAAACUGGAACUCGGCCUGCAGGAGCUGCAGGUGUCCUCGGCAGCUGCCAGCAUGCCUGGAGCAAACCCUGUACUGAAUAACUUAUUGUCGUGUGUCCAAGAAAUCAGUGACGUUGUCCAGAGGUAGCUACUGUCCAAUCAUGUGGUUAGGAGGAGAAAAUGUACACAGAACGGAGGGAGAAGGGUCAGGAUAACGUCUUCGGGUGGUUUUCUUUUCCUCCAACGUUGAUGCUUUCGAGUGGAGAGACUGAUACUUGAGUAAGUUUUAUGUGAAGUACCUCAGAUCGCUGAGCUCUCGUGUUUACAGGUUCAUCUCAGUACAUGGGGCAGAUGGGAGGGAAGCCGAGCUCUGUGGGGACGACACGGUUGUGGCGGAGUAGGGCUGAAUGUCGCCAAUUUGCCCUGGCAGAGAACACCCCACCAGAAGCGGAGCCGGUGCUUCCAUUCCUCAUCCGGGAGGCGGGAGGGACGGUCUGGGGAAGGCGCUGCGGUUCUCUGUGACGCUGUUCAGUUGGCCUGAAUUAUUGGAGAGGGAGUGGGGGAUUUUUUUCUGCGCUGCUCAUGUGUUGACCUGAGAUCAUGGCAGAAAGGUUCAGGGACCCCUUGGAACUGGGGCCCGCUGAAGCUCCUAAGAAGAAGGUGUUCAGUUUGGGGGAGGCUCGCGGUUCAUAUGCCUGCCGGGGCUGCAGGAAGUGAAUGCACUCGGCCCCCUGGCAGAUCUCCCACCGUGUGCUCUGCUGCCGCAGUCGGGGAUGGAAGAAUGAACUGAUCGAUGAGACUCGUCCUUUUUGUCCUGGUCCUCACGCCUCUCCCCCCCCCCCCCCCCCCCCCCCCCCCCCCCACACACACACACACCCCUGCUCCUUCACAGCCUCUGGAUGAUGGCUGGGCAGACGUGGCCCCGGAUUUCACACAAUCGCCCCCCACACUCAGACUGGCUGUUGUCACCAUUUCGGUAGUGUAGCACGGGUGUCUAACCUUGGAAUCCCUUGAGUAGUUUGGGGCUGUAGCGCAGAUUUACCAGCAUGUAUCCAAAAGCUGUUAAACGACGUUUUCAGAAUGUUGGUACCACACUCGAUAAAUGUUGAACAGGUCACCCUGGAUUAAAGGCACUCCAGAAUGCU